AUGGCUGAUUACAAUUACACUCGACCCAAAGACCAAACCACGGGUAAUGGUGAUGUUUUAGGCGACAAGGGUAGAGAAGCUCUCCGUGCCUGUGUGAAGGUGACAAUUUACGGCAGACCAGAAACACGAAGAUAUUACUAUGAAGAGGCAAGGGAGCGAGUUAAGAAUUGUUAUGCUUCUCCCGAGAGACUAAAUUCAGUGGUAGGGGAAGAAUUUCCAGGCCCUUCACGUGACAAAGAUAGGAAUUGUUUAUUGGAAAAAACGUUUAAUGUUGUCGAUAUUUACAACGCACUUGAUAAGUUUGACAACAUAAGUUACGUUGAAAAGUAUCCAAAAGGAGAGCCUGGGUCUGAGAAGACGAAAUUAUUGAUUGACAAACGAAGAGCUGACAUCGAAAAAGAGUUGAAGGAAGCCACUUGUAACCCAGAUAAAAGACAUCGAUAUUCUCUGAGUGUUGCACAACGACGAGUGAGGGAUUGUUAUGCUGGUAACUUUCUAUCGGAUGGGAAGAUAGAACUACCAUCUGUGAACCGUGAUAAGUACAACAUUGAGGACAUUCGUGAAGCUGUUGAUCAGCAUGAUAAAUACAGUCUUGAAACAUGCAGUUACGAAGAAAGAGAUGUGUACAUGGAAAUCAGCUCCCACAGGGCUGAUCUGCAAAAGAAGUAUGAAGAAGCAGUUGCUUCUACUGGUACUCUGCACAAAUAUGAACAAAAAUGGGUCGCAGUAGAGUGUUUGAAGGCAUGUUAUCAUAACAAGCAUUUUUAUGUUUCUCAUGAUCCAGUUUUUCCUUGUGAGAUAUGUAAAUAUCCUGAAUGUCCUUCCCUUAAAGUGUACUGCAUUUUUAAAUUGCAUGAUGCACUUCGCCGUCAUGACAAAGAUUUGCGGCGGCUUCAUAAAUAUCCUGAUCAUGGACCUGGGUCUGACAAACUAAAGAAUUUGAUUGAUGAACACAGAGCUGAUUUAAGCAAAGAGUAUGAGAAGUUUCUCAAGAGUGAUAGAUCAAAGCUCUCAGCUCGUGAAUAUUCCCGCAGUGAAGCUGAGCGCUCUGUGAGAGAUUGUUUUGCAGGCUCCUUUAACGGAGAUGUGGACAUAUUCCCUACAAAGAAAGAUGAGAGUGGAAUGCCAAGUAUUUUUCAAACUUUUGACAUUUUUGACAUAAAACAAUCUUUGGAUUAUUUUGAUACACAAAAGCCUUUUGAGAAGUAUCCUGAAAGUGGGCACAUAACUGAUAACAGAAAGAAAGAAGUGGAAGCCAUGAGGGCUGAUAUUGAACAAGACUAUAAAGUAGCCACUACCAAGUGUGAUAUUGAGCAUGGCUCAGGAUUCAUCAUUUGUGAUCACUUUAUACUCACCAACAAGCAUGUGAUUCAGACGUAUCUAGAUAAGGAAGACAGUUAUGAAAUUCACAUUUCUAAUGCAUCCAUUGGUGAAUUGUCUUGUAAGAUUGCCCAUUGUGAUCCAGAAAAAGAUCUCGCAUUGCUAUAUUGCCAGGAUCUUAAUUCACAGCAAAGAAACAUUUGUCCAUUACAGUUAUCAAUCCAGCCAUUGCUUCCAGGAAUGCAGAUUUUCUCGUUUGGUUAUCCUUUGAGUCACACAGGAAAAACUGCCCUUUUAGUGACUGGUAAUGUUUCUGGCUCUAAGGAAACUUUAUCAGGUCAUUUAAUGGCAGUGUUGAACUGCUCCUUGAAUUCUGGAAAUUCAGGCGGCCCUGUUGUCUCCUGGAUAAACAAUCAGUUAAAGGUUGUUGGCAUGGCAACACAGAAGCAUUUUAAAGAGAUUCUAACACCGGAGGAAAGGAUUGUGAUUGAAAGGAUAAGAGAGUCUAUGCAAACCUGCACUAUUCAGGUGUCAGAUCAAGAGGUGGAACAUUUUAUUUUUUCAAAGAGACUUUCAUGUCUUUCAGGUUCGUAUCAGACACCAAUCCAACUGCUCACACUAAAACUGUAUGAUGCUUUGGAAACACAUUCUCAGUUCAACUUAAGCAAUGCAUUGCCAGCGAAAUUUGUGGUCGAGUUUAUCAAAAACUUCACCACUGAAUACACUGGGGAGUUUAAAGAAGAGUUAGAAAUCCUUUGCCAAGAGUAUGAUGUUUGCAAUUAA